CGACGCAGAACCAUAUUUAUUUUGGUUUGGAAAUUAGUCCGCAGGAGCGCGGUGUGCGCGCGUGUGUGUGCGCGUGUGUGUGUGGUGCGCGCGUAUCGUCGGGGCCGUGCGUUUCGCACCGAUUCGGGUGGUCGAAUUUCAAAGUGCUUGCUUAUCGGAGAUCAAGAACUGAGAAAGAAAAUGACCCGCGGAAAUCAACGUGAACUAGCACGAGCGAAGAAUUUGAAAAAAACCGUAAAAAAGGCAGCAUCUGAACAAGGCAGUAAUAAGGGUCUUUCCUUGGAGCAACGUAAAGCACGCGACGCGGAACGAAUGAGGGAGAAGCAGCUUAAGAAAGAGCAAGGCGAACAAGCGGAGUCUUCUAAACAAGCAGAGAGAUAAUUCGACAAAAGUGUACAAAUUUUCACGAUACAAACGGCUUAUAUCGCAACCAAUGGCUACGCUAAAGAGAUUCACGAUUGUAAGGAACAAGACAGGAGUCGAUGCUUACCGGGGACUGAAAAGGAUAUCAUCAUGCCUUUGAUGUUAGAGAAUUUUUCCAUUGUCGGCCGUAUGACAUGCCUCAGGACCUAGCUUCGAUCAUCUUGUUAUUUACAUAUUGCUCACAUGGAAACUGCAGUUAUAAUCAGUGUGUAUAAAACUUGACGUUACCUACACCUAAAUUCAGUCAAAGAAAACCACACGUUUGACUGGUUUCUUUAGGUAUAAGGAUAAUUAAAUAAUACAAUUGUAGUACUAAUUUUCAAUCUGUAAAUUCAGACUCUCACUUAUUUAAUAUGUUAUGUAAUUAAAUGUGUAACAAGCGAACGAUCACUAGACACGCAUGUGCUACUAUCGUUCCUUCUCGCUUGUAAUAAACUGUUCAAAUUUUAACGA